ACGACAAUGGCAACGACUGAGAAUCCCGUUCUCGUGUCUGUCCACAAGUUUCUCGCUCGCUUCCCGCUGUAUACGUACCCAGCAUGGCCCCUGUCCACCACCGCUCCGCCUUCGGGUCUGCCAACGCUCUGGAUCCACCCGUCGACGAAAGGGCAGGAACCUCUCAGCUCGGACGUCGAGUGCUUGAAGUGGCAGGCAUGGCUAGCUCUCAGAGGUGUAGCAGUGAGCUUGAGGUCGGAUGUGCAUCCAGAUGGUGGUGUUGAUGGGAAACUCCCUACGCUCCAUUUGCCUGACAACACUGUUCAUCCCGCGCACGCCAUACCCUCUGCUUUAUCUAUCGCCUCACUACCGCAUGAAGGAUAUGCCUCCGCUGAAGCUGAACUCGAGUCGAAAGCUUUCCUCGCUCUGCUGGAGUCCACCUUGCACAAGGCUCUUUUCCCGGAUGAGAACCCACCACGGGGGCCCAUCACCGGCAUCUUGCCACCAGAAUGGCUCGCGAGCGUCAAACCAGUCAGUUUUGUAGAAGCAAGAGAAGCGAUCACAGCGCUUUCCGGGAGGUUGGGAAGCACUGAUGUGUGGUUCUUGGGAUCCGAACGGCCAACCGCUCUCGAUGCAGCAGCUUUCGCAUAUCUUCACACUGCAUUAACCCUCAAGGUGGGACACCCUGCGGAAGUGAUCAAGCGGGAAGUGGAGCGGCGCCCAAAUCUCCUACGCUUUCACCAGAACGUAGAAGAAGAAGUUCGGAAUGCAUUUCAAUGA